AUGGGCUCAACAAGAUCGUUCCCUCCGGGCAUCCAUGCCCCCAGCCUGACGUGGUUCAAGAAUGAUGCCAACCAGGAGCUCGACUGGGACUUGCAGAAGAAGCACAUCGAGUUCCUGAUAAGUUCUGGGCUCGACGGAGUUGUGAUAGCAGGGACCAACGGCGAGUCCGUCGUCCUCACACAGGAGGAGAAGGCUCGGCUCGUGAAGCUCACCCGCGAGGUCGCCACGGCCCUCGGCCGCCCGGACCUGCCCAUCACCCUGGGCACGUCCGGCCAGUCGACGCGCGAGGUCAUCGCCGAGACGCGCCGCGCCAAGGAGGCGGGCGCGGACUUCGUCCUCGUCCUCGUGCCCAGCUACUUCCACUUCGCAAUGAACGAGGAGGCCAUCGUGGGCUUCUUCGAGGAGCUGGCCGACGCCAGCCCCGUGCCCGUGCUCAUCUACAACUUCCCCGGCGUCGUGGCGGGCCUGGACGUGAACUCGGACAUGCUCGAGCGCCUCGGCCGCCAUCCCAACAUUGUGGGCGUGAAGCUCACCUGCGGCGGGAUCGCAAAGGUGGCCCGGGUCAGGGCGAGCUACGACCCCUCUGACUUCUGCGCCCUCGCCGGGCAGAGCGACUGGCUUGUCCCGGCUCUGUCUGUGGGCAGCACCGGUGUGAUCACAGGAGUGGCGAACCUGUACCCCAAGGUGUGCACAAAUAUCUACGACCUCUUCAAGGCCGGAAAGGUCAAGGAGGCGGAGGCGGCCCAGAUUGAGCUGGCCAAGAUGGAGUGGGGCUUUGGUAAGGGGGGCAUCAACGGCACAAAGUGGGUGGUGGCCAAGAUCCUGGGCUACCCUGCGGAUAGCUGGCACUGCAGAAAGCCGUAUCCCAAGUUUGAGGACGCGAAGAAGCAGGAGUGGAUUUCAGGGGUGGUAGAGCCUCUGUCUCAGACUGAAAAGGCCAUCAAAGUGAGGAGCUUCUAG